UCUGAGUUACUGCAAAAAUUUGAAGAAGACGCCUAAUUUGUCUGUGAUGCCAUGUCUGGAGAUACUGAUUUUUAUGGGUUGUACAAGUCUGGCUGAGGUUCAUCCGUCCAUUGAAUUUCACGAGAGGCUUGUUGAGUUAAAUUUUAUGGGUUGUACAAAUUUGAAGAGUCUCGCAACAAGAAUUCAUUUGAAAUCUCUCCAAUUGAUCAAUCUUAGUUUGUGUUCAAAACUUGAGAAGUUUCCAGAAAUUCAAGGAGAUAUGGAAUGUUUAGGGUGGCUUAACUUAAGUGAUACUGCAAUAAUAGAAUUACCUCCAUCAGUAGUAGCUAAACAUCUCAAAGGGCUUUGCUCAUUAUAUAUGGGAAAGUGCAAAAUGCUUGAAAGAUUGGCCGACAAUAUACCUCAAUCAGUUGAAUAUCUCAAAGGGCUUGGGAGUUUGCCAAGCAAUAUUGGUGAAAUGAAGUUUUUGCUGAGUCUUUCAUUGAGUGGAAGUGGUACAAAAAAGUUACUAUCAUCCUUUGCACAGUUGAGUCACCUUGAAGAAUUGUUGUGUGAUAACUGCAAUUUAGAUGAAGAAUCCAUUCUCAAUCUUCCAGCAAGCUUAAGCUAUUUAGAUCUAAGGAGGAACAAAUUUGCUAGCUUACCAGCAAGCUUCACACAACUUACAAAGCUUAAAAGUCUUUAUUUGUAUGGUUGCUUAAGCCUCCAAAAAUUGGACUCGCUUCCAUCAUCUAUGUGGUUUGUUUCUGCAGAAGAUUGCUCAUCAUUAGAACGGUAUUCGAUUCCAAAACGUGGUGAAUUCAUUUCAUUGGAUUUUGUUGAGUGCCACAAAUUGGUUGUGAAUGAUGGUAACAAGAAGCCAAAUAUAUACAAUUCAGAAAGUGAACUUCAGGGAAUUCGUAAAAUCGUUGUUCCAGGAAGUGAGAUUCCAAGUUGGUUCAGCCAUACAUAUCAGAGUGGUAGUGAGGAAGGCAUGACUACUCCGGUGGUGUGUUUGAUCAUGGAUCCAAAUUCUUUCCAUUACCUCAAAGGAGUUUAUGUUUGCGCCGUUUUCGGAAGCAAUCAACAAUAUUUUGAAGAAGAUGAUUGUUAUAUUUCUCUCCGAAUUAAUGGUAAAAGUGAAAGAGUUGAUAUAGUUAAUUGGGUAUUCGGAAUCAGCUCAGAUCACAUGAUGUUGUUUCAUAUAUCAUGUGACGAAUUUUCUUUUGAAGAAGAUCGGAAAUGCAAUUAUGAUGGGUGUUACAUUCCAGUUUCAAUUAAUGAACUAUUGAAUGUGAAAAAGUGGGGUAUUCAUCUAGAGAUGGACGCUGCACAACAUAUCGGAUUCAGAGGUCCACACUCUCUCUCCCCCAAGUGGGCAUUCGAAAAAGAUGAAGACGAGGAUGAAGACGAAGAAGAUUGAGAUAAUGAUGAAUGAUUAACCUUAAACAACAUUCAGGAUU